AGUUGCCUAGUGACGCCAAACUAUUGAGUUCCACUGAUUUCCUGCUAACAGAAAAUCUGACAUUAAGCUAACGCGAAGUUUUUCGAAGAUUUUCUCUGUUUUGUUUUUUUAUUCUUUUCUACGUUUAGUUGAUCAAUGUGACGCAUCUUAUUCGCCGUUUGUGAGAAGGAAGAGAGGCCGCAGAGGGUCGGGAUGUUUAGCGACAAACGAUGAACAGCUAUAUUUUCAUCAGGGUCGUUGGGAAAGGAAGCUAUGGAGAGGUGAACUUGGUGAAGCACAAAACUGACCGAAAACAGUAUGUUAUAAAGAAGCUGAAUUUAAGCACUUCUUCUAAGAGGGAGCGGCGCUCUGCAGAGCAGGAGGCACAGCUUCUGUCACAGCUGCGACACCCAAACAUUGUGACCUAUAGGGAGUCCUGGGAGGGAGACGAUCGUCAGCUGUACAUUGUGAUGGGUUUCUGUGAAGGAGGUGACCUUUACCACAGGCUCAAACAACGAAAAGGAGAGCUUCUGCCAGAGAGGCAGGUUGUUGAGUGGUUUGUCCAGAUAGCAAUGGCCCUUCAGUAUCUGCAUGAGAGGAAUAUUCUUCACCGGGACCUUAAAACUCAGAAUAUUUUCCUGACAAAAACCAACAUCAUCAAAGUUGGAGACCUUGGCAUCGCCAGAGUGUUGGAAAAUCAGAAUGACAUGGCCAGCACACUCAUUGGGACCCCAUACUACAUGAGUCCUGAGCUCUUCUCAAAUAAACCCUAUAACCACAAGUCAGACGUUUGGGCCCUGGGUUGCUGUGUUUAUGAGAUGUCCACGCUGAAACACGCCUUCAAUGCCAAGGAUAUGAACUCACUGGUGUAUCGGAUUGUGGAGGGAAAGCUUCCACAGAUGCCGAGUCGGUAUGAUCCCCAGCUUGGAGAUUUGAUCAAAAGCAUGCUGUCAAAGAAACCCGAGGAACGGCCUGAUGUCAAACUCAUCCUGCGGCAGCCCUACAUAAAACGACAAAUUGCAAUGUUUCUGGAAGCCACCAAAGAGAAAACUGCAAAGUCAAGGAAAAAAGGUGUAGGUGACGUUGCAGAUUCCACAUCUAACACUGGGACCCCGUGUGAGGCAAAACCUGAGAGGCUUUCUGCAAGUCCAGAACCUCGAGACCGGACCAAGGGGAAGGAAGAAAAAUCACAAAAACAGAAAAUACAGGGUGAUGGAGCGGAUAUCCUCCCACCUAGGACACCUCCCCCACCCAAGCCCUCCUCACCUGACGCUCUCAAAGCCAGUAUGGUUUCUAUGGCAACAGUCAGCAACAUUAGCGUGGAUGUCCCACUGCAGCCGGACGACGGUGCAACGAGGAGACAGGUGUCCCAGUCUGUAAUGUCACACCCCCCGCCAUCCAAUGAGGGGGACAUGGUGCACAAAGAUGGCAAGCGGAGAGGGAAACUGGAUCCCAAACCCCCCCCUGCUCCAGCGAAGCCCCACCUGAAAGCUGCGUUAGGUGCUCACAGCAGAACAGCAGCCUCCGCUGGACUGGAAGAUAAUCAGCCGCAGUUCAAGCUUUACGAUAACGACACUUUUUCCGUCUUUGGGGAGAAGCAGAGGUCAGGAAUGGAUCAUAAAGACGACACCAUGGAGUUACUCAAAGAAGCUGACAUGCAUAGGCCAAAACUAGAAAAUGUUGUGAACAUGGACAACAGAAAUGACACCUUUACCCUAAUCAAGCAGUCUUCAGUACCCUCCACAGAUGUCCAGGACAAACUAGAAGCCACAGAAAAGCUCUUGGUGCUUGCAGGACUGGACUGUGAUCAGGAAGACUCUCCAUCUGCAGCCUCUAAGACAAGUAAAGACACUUCCUGUCCAAACUCCUCAUGCCGCUCAGAACCUUCUCCGUCACAUCAGCAGAGUCCGAGGCAUAAAAGUCCGACACGAGAGCACCAGAACAAGUUCAAAGUGAUUACAGCAAGGCCUCUACCACAACCUCCUGUUGAGAGUGUGACAGUGGAGAGAAAGAGGCGGAGCAAAAAGAGCAAUGACAUCACGAGCGCUGAUGCGACCGCAGCCUCCACGCUGGUCACCUCCUCGAACGAUGGAUUCGUACCUCCACCACAGGAUCGCCUGCUAUCGGCCCGAGAGAGAAGAAGACUGAGGCAAUCACAGGAAAGCUAUUCAGAUGUCGGCGCUUUUCGAAGAGCAUCCUAUGAUGUCACUUCUACUAAACCAGAGCCCUGCAAAGUCGCAGUAACUCGAUCGGCUUCCUACUCGAUCACAGAGACAAACAAUAAGAAUAAACUGGAGCAGAAGUCAGAUGAAGAUGAAUGCAGCUCAUCUACAAGUUCCACUGAGCGCUCAGAAGGAGACUGCAGGGAAAGGAAAACUGAAUCAAGUGACAUGCAAGAUUUAGUCCAAAUGAUGACUCAGACAUUGAGAAUGGGCCUUAAAGAUGGCGGCCAUGAGGUGGACAAAGGUGCAUUUGACUCCACAACGCUGCCAGAGUUCAAACUGAACAGGAAGUACAGGGACACUCUUGUACUUCACGGGAAAGCUCGAGGGGAAGCUGAGGACUUGCCACUCAGUAAAAUACCGAAAGGUUCCACAUCUGGUCCAGCCAAGAUAAGAAGAGCUAUAGAGCAGCUGAGAACAGAUGUGGUAAAAGGUCUGGGUGUUAAACUGCUGGACCAAGUGCUUGAAAUCCUGGAGGAAGAAGAAGAUGAAACCAAAAGAGAGCUGUGCCUCCGUGACCACAUGGGAGACGAAAAGUACCAAGCGUACGCAGUGAUGGUGAGGCAGCUGAAGUUUUUUGAAGAUAUGGCCUUUAAGGCUUAAACAACCAUGGGAGAGCACUCUGAUUCUGUUUGGGAAGACUUGCAUUUGGACCAUCCCAAUCAAUGGUCAUUGCUGAGAGAGAGAGCCUGUUUUUUGUGUCAAUUAGUGCAGCAAAAUGGAAAUGGACAAAAACCUGUUUACUGCCAAAAGAUACAUUGUUUGUGACACUAAAUUUCAAAGGUUUCUGGCAUUAAAUUGUAUCCAUGAGAAGAAGCAGGUAUGUGUAAUUAUGUAAAUGACAGAACUGCCCCCUUUUGUAAUGUGAAUGCACAAUGUGUCAUACCCAACUUGGCUUCAUGUGUAAUGUUUAGUCUUUAAAAUUCCUUUUGAACUUACUGUAGUGAAGCAUCAAAUAUUCUGAAUUUUUUCUAUUUUACAGUACUAGUUCACUAUUUUCUAUUUCAAAGCUGAUUCAAAGUAGAUGUUUCUCACAAUUUAAAAUGAAUUCCAAUAUGUACAAAAUGUUUUUUAACGAUUGAUUUCCUAAACAUUUGAGAGAAUAAAAUAUUUUAAUAUUGAAAA